AGCGGGCGCGCGGGCGACAUCAGCACACCGGCCGGGUCAGGGAGCCGCAAGGAUGGAGAUCCGCCCAGACAGGUUCAAGGCCGCCGCGGGCAAAACUUUAGGGAAAAUUCACAGACUGAUAGAGAAACCGCAGGCGAAUGGAGAAACCAUCGAGCUGUCAGCAGAGGGUCGACCUGAGCUGGUGGAGGAGAAGGAGCUGCCGGUGGUGGACUGCACCUGCUUCGGCCUGCCCAGGCGCUACAUCAUCGCCAUCCUGUCUGGUCUGGGAUUCUGCAUCUCCUUUGGGAUCCGAUGCAACCUGGGCGUUGCCAUCGUUAGUAUGGUCAACGAUCACACCGUCUACAAAGGCAAUAAGGAAGUGCUUGUGGCGGCACAGUUUACCUGGGACCCAGAGACGGUGGGGAUGAUCCACGGCUCCUUCUUCUGGGGAUACAUCGUCACACAGAUCCCCGGUGGCUUUAUAUGUCAAAAAUUUGCUGCCAACAGAGUGUUUGGUUUUGCCAUCGUGGCCACGUCCACGCUCAACAUGCUGAUUCCGUCUGCGGCUCGCUGCCAUUACAGCUGCGUCAUACUUGUGAGGAUAUGCCAGGGCCUAGUUGAGGGUGUUUCAUAUCCAGCCUGCCACGGGAUCUGGGCCAAGUGGGCGCCUCCCCUUGAGAGAAGUCGAUUAGCCACGACGGCCUUUUGCGGAUCCUAUGCAGGGGCAGUGGUGGCCAUGCCUUUAGCUGGGAUACUGGUGCAAUACACUGGGUGGCCUUCUGUAUUUUAUGUCUAUGGUAGCUUCGGGAUAUUCUGGUAUAUGUUCUGGAUUCUGGUGUCGUACGAGAGCCCCGCAGCUCAUCCAACGAUCACCCCAGAGGAGAGGAAGUACAUUGAAGAUGCAAUCGGAGAAUCUGCAGCGUUUCUCAAUCCCCUCCAUAAAUUUAAAACCCCCUGGCGACACUUCUUCACCUCCAUGCCUGUCUACGCCAUCAUUGUGGCCAACUUCUGCAGGAGCUGGACCUUCUACCUGCUGCUCAUCAGCCAACCUGCCUACUUUGAAGAAGUUUUUGGCUUUGAGAUCAGCAAGGUGGGCAUAGUGUCAGCCUUGCCCCAUCUGGUGAUGACGAUCAUCGUCCCCAUCGGAGGCCAGCUGGCCGACUACCUGAGGAGCCACAACCUGAUGACCACGACCAACGUCAGAAAGAUGAUGAACUGCGGAGGUUUUGGGAUGGAGGCCACCUUACUGCUGGUGGUGGGAUAUUCUCACACCAAAGUGAUUGCCAUCUCGUUCUUGGUGCUCGCAGUGGGAUUCAGCGGAUUUGCCAUCUCAGGGUUUAACGUCAAUCACUUGGAUAUUGCCCCUCGAUACGCCAGCAUCCUGAUGGGUAUUUCUAACGGCGUGGGGACAUUGUCAGGAAUGGUGUGUCCUCUCAUUGUGGGCGCCAUGACCAAACACAAGACACGUGAAGAGUGGCAGUACGUCUUCCUCAUAGCUUCCCUGGUUCAUUACGGGGGAGUGCUGUUCUACGGAAUCUUUGCAUCGGGAGAGAAGCAGUGGUGGGCAGACAUAGAGGACACGAGCGAGGAGAAGUGUGGCAUAAUCAACGAGGACGAGCUGGCCAAUGAGACCGAGGAGAUGUACCGGGGAGGAGGGCAGUACGGGGCCAUGAGCCAGCCGGUGGUGGACUCCAACAGAGGGGGCGGUGGAGGAGCAGGAUGGGUGACAGACUGGGACAAGUCGGAGGAGUAUGUGCAGCCGCCUGGAUACAACUCCUACAUGCAUGAAGGAGGAGAAGAUGACAACAAAGACCGACAAGAUUUGUCUUUAAGCAGAAAGAAAACAGGAUAAAGUAGAAGAUUUGUUUUGGAGAAGGAUUGUAGGAG